AGUUUUUCACUUCCUUUUUUUUUUUUUUACAUUUCCUCAAAGUGGUUUCUGUUCAGACAGGGAAAAUACCGGACAGCGGUUUUCCCGACACCUGGAAAGGAAGUGAAAACCGGUGCUCUGUUUUCUCGAGAAAUCAUUUUCUCAGGAAACAACCAGUUACCUACCUUUAUUCUUUGAGAAAGGAAAGAACUUUGAUUUAGCUGAUGUGUUUUGGUUUUGUUUUGAGUGAAAAUUGAGUGGAACUUGUGUUAGUACAGUUUGAGCUCAGCAAAUGUGUAAAGUUUUUGUGUCAUAACAGUUUCAGUUAAAGCUUCAAAAGUGCUUCUUGGAGACUGGAAGUUGCUGUUACAGAUACUGGAAUGAUGAUCUAGAUUUGUUAAAAAAUUGGUUGUUUGAUAGAGUGAAUCUGAGUACAAUUGUGAAUUUUUGCGCAUGGAAACAAGAGAAGGAUUAACUUCAGGAGUUACAGUGAUAGGAGCUGAAGCUCCAUCAACUUAUCAUGUGGCGCCAAGGACUGAAAACUCUAGCCAGAUUGCUGGCUCACCAGCAGUGGCUAUGUCCCAAGCCAGUCUAGGAUUGACUGGAACAACAGAAAAGAAGAAGAGAGGUAGGCCUAGGAAAUAUGGACCCGAUGGGACGGUAGCUAGGGCAUUAUCACCAAUGCCAAUUUCCUCUUCAGCUCCUCCUGGUGGAGAUUUCUCUUCUGGAAAGCCUGGUAAAGUUUGGUCAGGUGGUUUUGAGAAGAAGAAGUACAAGAAAAUGGGAAUGGAGAAUUCAGGUGACUGGGCAUCUGGGUCAGUUGGUACAAAUUUUACUCCCCAUGUCAUCACUGUCAACGCAGGAGAGGAUGUUACUAUGAAGGUGAUAUCAUUUUCACAACAAGGACCUCGAGCUAUUUGCAUUCUAUCUGCUAAUGGAGUAAUUUCAAAUGUUACACUUCGCCAACCUGACUCUUCGGGGGGUACUUUGACGUAUGAGGGCCGCUUUGAAAUUCUUUCUUUGUCUGGUUCAUUUAUGCCAACUGAGAGUCAGGGGACUAGGAGUAGAUCAGGUGGGAUGAGUGUCUCUUUGGCGAGCCCAGAUGGUCGAGUUGUAGGAGGGGGUGUCGCUGGACUUCUAGUAGCUGCUAGUCCUGUGCAGGUUGUGGUAGGUAGUUUCCUACCUGGGAACCACCAAGACCAGAAACCAAAGAAGAUAAAGAUUGAUCCAGUACCUGCAAGCAUUACACCAGCCCAAACAAUAGCUAUUCCUAUACCUGUUACUAAUGCAGAAAGAGAUGACAGUAUGGGUGGACAUGGGCUGCAAAAUUCCUCUUCAUUUCGAAGGGAAAACUGGACCACCAUGCAACCUGUGCAGGAAAUGAGAACAUCAGGAACUGAUAUCAACAUAUCUUUACCAGAAGGUUAAUUUCAUAAGCCUGUGUCAAGAAUCUCAAGAUCUCUAACCGACUACAUUGAUUGAUCCUGAUAUUCCACAAGGAGUUUAUACUGCUCCUCUUAUCACAGUUAUCUGUACGCUUGUUUAAGCAUUGCUUUAGCAUGAAGUAGGUGCCAGGCAGGACAUACUGUUCUUUGACUAGACAAACUUUCUGAUUAUUAAGCUAAUUGGAGUAGGCUUCUUGAGUUUGUCAUGGGUAGAAAUAUUUGGAUGUGAAGAAUGCUGGUUUGCCUGCGUUUAUUAGUGACAGUUCUAAAAUCCUUUCCCCUUGGCAAAUCUUUAA